AUGGAGGACGGUAACAGGAGUGAUGCUGCUUCUACAUCCAAAAGCCAUACAGGCUCUCUUCACCUACAGACUCCAAAAAAUGAGGAUGCCUAUGAAAUAUCCAUCCCCUAUGAGGAAAACAGCUUUGAGCAGCAAGGAUUUUUCAACCAGCCUGAUCAGAAUUUUGAUGAGUCACCCUCAAAUGCUGGCCCACCUCCCGUAAACAACUCGUACAUGGUGAUCACCAACCUGCGGACCCAGCUCCAGAUCUCUCUUGAAAAAAACUCCUGGUUGCAGAAAAGAAUCGAAGACCUGAAAGAGGAGAGGGACUUCCUUCGAUGCCAGCUGGAUCGUUUCAUUUUUUCUACAAAGAGCCAGGGACAAGAGCAAAGUCAGAGUCAGUAUAGUAAUGGGUACGAAUCAAGGCGAUUUACCUGGAGGGCAAGAAGAGAAGAUGACCAUCCUCCAGAACAACAGAAAGCAGACUCACAGCAUUUCCCUUCACGUCAGUUUAUCCAGCGAAGGCCUGGUCCUCCCACUAUAGUGUCUUCCAAAAAUCACGUCUCCAAUCCAAUGAGCACUCAGCUCACAUCUAUAAAUGCGUUGUUCAACUCUACACAAUCCCAGUCCCUUUUGCAAGGCCACGGUCACAGCACUCCCAGUACUACAGCCAGUGGCAGCAAAAGUGGCAGUGUCACAAGAUCACCCCUAAAUGAAAUGAGUGGCCAUAGUGGUCCAGAUUCCCUCUCACUCCUGGGAGAAUCUGAUUACUAUUUGGAGCAGGAUGGCUUCAUUGAAGAGGAAAUUAUAUCAGGGGAAGAUGUCAUGUCAGACACAAUUAACACCAACAGGCACCAGUUGAAGAGAAGGCGGCUUUUCCGAGCUCCAAGAGAGCGGCAGAGAGUAAAAGAUGCUGCUGGAGUGCUGUUUCGUUAUAAGAAGAUCCUGCUUACUUACCAGCGUCUCAAAAAUAUGUCAAAAGCCUUUCAAAUCCAUGGUGUUGACCGCAACACCGUGGCCUCUACCACACCCAUCGCUGAGCUGCUUUUAGUGGCCCCAGAGAAAGUGGCAGAGGUGGGAGAGUUUGACCCAUCAAAGGAAAAACUGUUGGACUACGCCCAGCGCUGCUACGUUGCCCUGGAUGAAGAGACACUCAGCAGAGUGCAGGCGUUAAAGAAGAAUAACCUUCUGCUGCCCAUCUCCUACAGGUUCAGACACUGAGAAAAGAAAAAAAUAUUAAUGGAAAGUCAUUUAGAAUACAGAAAGUGAGAGUAAGACGAGAAGAGAAAAGGCAGUUGGGUUCUGCUGCUGGAGAGAAGAUGAUUCCCAAACUCACUCUGUGACUCAGACUGUUUUCAUUUAUGUUGAACCUUUCACAUCACACUAACACUUUCAACAUGGUUCGUGUGUUUGUUUGACAAGUCUUCACCAAACUGAACAUGUGGGGUGUCAAUUGUACUUGGAAAUAGAAAAAAGUACUGUAGGUUAUUAGAAGGAAAGCAAUGUCACAUCUGUCAUUCUAAAAGAAAUAGGAAUGUGUAUUAUAAAGAAAAUGGAAAGCUUUGAUUUUACCAGUAAACUAGUUCAAGCCAACAUUACAUGUUUUAGAGACAUAACGUUUUUUUAUUUCUGUCCUCAUCUCGAUCAGGUUGAAUCCAGUCACUCAGUCACUACGUUGAAUUCAUUUGGCUUGUGAAACUAAAUAAUAUUUCUGAAAAAGAGUUCCUGAUACACAGAAUUGACCAACUGUCAGCUUUAACAACUUUUAUAUGUUCUACUGUACUGAUAUUGUAUGUUUUAAAGAACUUAUCCCCAUUUUAAUAUGUUAUAUUUGCUUUUUUUAUUACUGGUACACAAUUUUUCUACUUGCCUUAAUGUAGUUUUGUACUUACAUAGUAGAAACAAUCAAAUUCCCUUUUCAUGUCUUUAGCAUUGAAAAAAUUAAAACUUGAAAAAAAAUCAUGCUCAGAUCACUCACAUUAAGAUACGAUUGGUAUUUGUGGCGCGGAUGCACUUUUAGCAGCGACAUGCAUCUGAAUUCAAGAGGCAGUCAUUCAUUUCAACCAGGAAUUCAGUUUAAAAUGACUUUUUGGCCACAAAAAGUUUGGCCAAAUUUAUGCUUUCUGAACAAUUUCAGUCGAUCCACUACAAACUGCUAAA